GAAGGGCUCCCGAAACCAAAACCCUUGGACUCGACAAGCUGGGCGUGCAGCUCAACCAAGAGACGGGGAAAAUAGUCGUGGGCCCAGACGAAUCCACCUCGGUGCCAAACGUCUAUGCUUUCGGAGACAUCGGCGAGGGUCGUCCAGAGCUGACACCUACUGCCAUCAAGGCAGGAAAGCUCCUUGCCCACAGGCUCGCCGGCCAGAGCACCGACCUUAUGAACUACGACAACGUGGCCACCACCGUGUUCACCCCUCUGGAGUACGGCUGCGUCGGCCUGUCAGAGGAGGAGGCCGAGAGGAGACGUGGGAAAGACGGGAUAGAGGUUUUCCACGCCUUCUACAAGCCACUAGAAUUCACCGUCGCAGAGCGCGAUGCCAGCCAGUGUUACAUAAAGGUUAUAUGUGAGAGGGGAGGCGACCAGAAGAUUCUGGGUCUGCAUUUCACUGGUCCAAAUGCUGGAGAGGUCAUUCAGGGAUUCUCUAUGAGUUUGCAGUGUGGAGCCACAUAUCCUCACCUGCUGCAGACCGUAGGAAUCCACCCCACCUGCGCUGAGGAGGUGGUCAAGAUCCACAUCACAAAGCGCUCUGGUUUGGACCCAACGGUCACCGGCUGCUGAGGUUAGGCCCCUCGGUUUCUGAACGCAGCGAGCACACGGGGCCCCUGUAGUGGGAAAUUGAAGGGGGCUCUUCUAGGGGUUUUCCCAGUUUCACUUUACCUCACCGGGACUGGUCACUGCAGCUCCUCCACGGGAAGGUCUGGUCACAAACCAGGUCUGUUAUUGACCCCUACACACAGAUUUGUGCCUUGAAAGAACAUAAGGUAAUGAGAAAGAGAGCGAGGGCGAGAGGGCCCUCGUGUGGAAUGAGCUGCUUUUAAAUAGCCCGGCUCAUCAAUCAGGAUGGAAACGCACAUUUAGGAUUUUCGCUGAGAAUUCACAAGAAGCGGAUCUGAAUUUUCUUCUGAAUAUACAUUCUGCAAAUAUUGUUGUUUCUCCGGCUGUACUUCCUGUCCAUUAGUCUUCGAGGUGACACAUACCAUACGGCGCCCCCAACCCCCAAAACGUGACACUGAUGGAUGGCCCCAGGGCCGUCGCCGCAGCGACACCGCUCCAUUUCCCAUGGACACAAAUAGUCAGCAGGGCUGCCGUCAGUCAGCCUGCAGAGGCCUGGACCGAGGAGUUUACCCGUCUCCAUCCACAGGCGUGGACAAAUAUACUAAUAUGUUCUGUCAAAAAGCCACACGAAUGCAAAAUCCAAGACUUAACACAGCUCCAGUUCAUUUUACCUCAGCUGCUCUACCCAAACUCACCCAAAGGCGGCGCUGUUGCCCUCCUGUUUCCUGCAGUGCAUGCUGAGCAGACAGUGGAAGACGGGAUGAAGCAGUCACUGUAUAAAACAUGAACCCGAACGCAUUCAGGUUGCACAUUUAAUCCCUUUAAUCCCCAUUAGAGAUGCGUGCCUCCAGAAGUCUGACUUUAUUGGUGCCAAGCUGAUAAGGGUUAUCGGCUGUAUAUUUACACGGAUGGCAGGUUGGCCCUCGAGAGUCAUCACCCCUGAAGAUAAGGCGACUUGUUUAUAUCAAUAAAGCAUUAACGGAGCCCCGCGUCCACCAGAGACCGUUCAACCUGCCGCCUGCGUCCGACAUCUUGGCCUCUUUAAAGUCGACGGGGCAGAAAUCGAAGAACCGGCGAGUACGUCAAAGUUUGUUUUUAUUUGAAGUUUAAUCUGCCCCGUCUGAUUAAUGAUUCCGAUGAAGGGAGUGACAGACCGUCAGGAGAUGGUGGGGGUGGGGAGAGAGAAAAAAAUAGAGCAGGAAAGCUACCAGGUUUGUUUGAGAGAGAGAGAGAGAGAGAGAGCCGAGUACCAGCCCCGGUUGGGGAGGGAAAGAGGGGGGAUUCCUGUGUGCUCUGUUCAGGGCCGAGGUGCUGACUGAAGGACCCUGACCUCCGCUCAGCAGGAACAGCUUGACUCUAUCACUUGGAGCACAGAGGGCUCAUGUGGUGUAGCAGAGCACAGCAGGGGCCUGGGUGGAGGGGAGGAGAUGAACUGGGGGGCCGGGGGGGGGCAGCAUGGGCCAGGGAGCAGACCAAACCAACCAACACAAUACUGAGCUGUGCCCUGGGUUACUCAGACUAUGUUCCUGUGCUUAACGAGCCACUUCAGGGGGCCGCCAAGGUGGGCCCGAGGCAGCGCAAAGGAAGUCAUUGAGACUGUCAGCCAAACUGUAAUAUCUGUUUGUUUUUUACCCUUCACCUCCCCUUUUACCGGGUCCCGUCUUCUCUCCUAUUUACCGCUCUAUCCAGCCGUUAACGCGCACAAAAAGAUUUAUUUCUUGUAACUUUUACUGAGAUGUGUCACUGUUUGGUAUUAAUAUUGAGGUCAAAUACUUGCCCUCAGAGCUUCAGCUGUGCGAGUGGGGGUCAGGGCUCAACUUUCAGGUCGGCCAGCUAAUGAUGACCUGCACUCAAAACCAGAACCUGGGGAGUGCAGGCCUGAUGUCACCUGGCCACAAACCAGCUGUAAAUAAACCGAGAAAUUAAAUUUUACAAUAAAGCUUUGAAAUCUGUUAUUUAUAUGUAAAAUGAUAACGCACUCGGAUAAUCGUGUCGAUAAUAAAGAAAGUGGUUCAAAGUCUGAA